UAUGCGGGGUGACUAUCGAUAAGCCAGAGGCAUCGAUUUGCUCACAUUUCUUGGGUGUUUUAGCGUGAAAAAAACGCCUAAAUAAACGAAUCGGCAGCGUGUCAGGCAAGAAAGUGCAACCAACGGAUCGCCGUUCGCGACGCAGUCGAGGAUUGGAACAGCAGACACCGUCGAAGGUGGCGAAAAACGUCUCAGCAACCGCCAGCCGUCGCAGCGGAGUGUUUACUGGGAGAGGGGUGCAGUGGAGGAGCUGUGUGGGCGCGUGCGUGUGUAUGUGUGCGCCAGUGAGUGGGGCAGAGGCAGCGGCAGAGGAGCAGCGGCGGAUGUAGCUCGUUGCCCGGACCCCGUAGUGGAUACCACGAAGUGCUAGCGCAAACGUACGCAGUCCAACUUUGAGGCACAAAGAAAAUAAACACUGGAAACCGAAGACGAGGCCUUCUGGAACUGGAACAGCACUGCUCAACAGCCGCAGCCGCGUCGGUGACCGCACCCUAAUGUCAAAUAGCCAAGCGAAUGCCGGCAUCAGCGGUAGCGCGGUAGCGGAUGAACCCAUCCAGCACCACCCCUCCUUGGCGGCCGGUCCCGUAAGUGCAUCCUGCCCAGCAGCGACACCGCCGUCGCAGUCGACGCAGCAGCCCCCGCCGCACAUAGUUGGUGCCUCAACAGCUGAUGCGGGCAGCGCUGCGGUCGGCGUCGGCGUCGUCGCUGGCAGCGAGGGCGUCAAUCUGGACUCGUCGCCACGCGAGUCCGGGGACGAUUCGGAGGAUGAGAGCGAGAUUCUGGAGGAGUCGCCAUGCGGACGCUGGCUGAAGCGACGCGAGGAGGUGGAUCAGCGCGACGUGCCCGGUAUUGACUGCGUCCAUCUGGCCAUGGACACUGAGGAGGGCGUAGAGGUCGUGUGGAACGAGGUGCAAUAUGCCAGCCUGCAGGAGCUGAAGUCGCAGGAGGAGAAGAUGCGGCAGGUGUUCGACAAUCUGCUGCAGCUGGACCACCAGAACAUUGUCAAGUUCCACCGCUACUGGACGGACACGCAGCAGGCCGAGCGUCCCAGGGUGGUCUUUAUCACCGAGUACAUGUCGAGCGGAUCGCUGAAACAGUUCCUCAAGCGCACCAAGCGCAACGCCAAGCGCCUACCGCUGGAGUCGUGGCGCCGGUGGUGCACUCAGAUCUUGUCCGCACUCAGCUAUUUGCAUUCCUGCUCGCCGCCCAUCAUCCACGGCAAUUUAACCUGUGAUAGCAUCUUCAUCCAGCACAACGGCCUGGUCAAGAUCGGCUCGGUGGUCCCGGACGCGGUCCACUACAGCGUUCGGCGCGGCCGAGAGCGGGAGCGUGAACGCGAGCGAGGCGCCCACUACUUCCAGGCGCCGGAGUACGGCGCCGCCGACCAGUUGACCGCCGCCCUCGACAUCUACGCCUUCGGGAUGUGCGCCCUGGAGAUGGCCGCCCUGGAGAUUCAGCCCAGCAACAGCGAGUCAACUGCCAUCAACGAGGAGACCAUCCAGCGCACAAUCUUUAGCCUGGAAAACGAUCUGCAGCGCGACCUGAUACGAAAGUGUCUCAACCCGCAGCCGCAGGACCGACCCAGCGCCAAUGAUCUGCUCUUUCACCCACUGCUUUUCGAGGUGCACUCCCUCAAACUGCUGACUGCCCAUUGCCUGGUCUUCUCGCCCGCCAACCGCACUAUGUUCUCGGAAACCGCCUUCGACGGCCUCAUGCAGCGAUACUACCAGCCGGACGUGGUUAUGGCCCAGCUGCGGCUGGCCGGCGGCCAGGAGCGGCAGUACCGACUCGCAGACGUUUCGGGCGCCGAUAAGCUGGAGAAGUUCGUCGAGGACGUGAAGUAUGGUGUGUAUCCGCUAAUUACGUACAGCGGCAAGAAGCCGCCAAACUUCCGUUCCCGGGCAGCCUCCCCGGAGCGAGCUGACUCUGUAAAAUCGGCCACGCCGGAGCCUGUGGACACGGAGUCGCGGCGCAUCGUUAACAUGAUGUGCAGCGUUAAAAUCAAGGAGGAUAGCAAUGACAUAACCAUGACAAUACUGCUGCGCAUGGACGACAAGAUGAACCGCCAACUGACAUGCCAGGUGAACGAGAACGAUACGGCGGCGGAUCUCACCAGCGAACUGGUGCGCCUCGGUUUCGUCCACCUCGACGACCAGGACAAGAUCCAGGUGCUGCUGGAGGAAACGCUUAAAGCGGGCGUUAUGAGCGACGGUGCCGGUGCAGAGAGCUCCGGUGCGGGGGUGACGACCACGGCGACCAUGGCGGCCUUGGAGCAGCUGGAGCGAAACUGGUCGAUAUCCUCGGAUGCAGACAAGCAGGGCACUGCCGUGAUGUAUGUACCGCAGGAGCAGCAGCAGCACCAGCACCACGCGGACGGGGACGUCGACGUAGAACUCUCGGGCACGACGAGCAAUUGAAAGUAUCAGCUUAGUAUUCAGGGCAUGCCGGCGCGUAUUGUUUUUAUUAUAUUGGGAAAUUACACAUUACGAUUUUAUUAAUACUAUUAUUUGUUAUUUUUAUAUAUAUAUACCUAUAUAUAUGUGUAUAUGUAUGUAUGUAUUUGAAAUAAUAUUUAUGUAUGUAUGUAUCAUAAACGAUGUUGAACCAGGCUUCCAGGCUAAAGAUUUCGAUGACGUAGGACACGCGGCAGACAAAGGUGGGUCGCCUCUGCGAGCACGAUGAAUAUUCCAAAUCGCAGGAACACUUAGCGACAUGUCCUAGAGAAACUAUAAGUAUAACAAUUAUUUGGCUCUAAAUCGUACCCAGGAAAUACGAAACAUAAAAACCGACUCAUUGUUUCAUUUUCAUGCUAAAGACAAUGUUAUUAGUCCUAUAGUUUCUUUGGUAAAUUUGCUAGGAAUUGUUUCGACCCAUGUCCCAAUUGAAACCUCGAUCCACUGCGACACCUCGACACACACUUUUGAAAAAAGCGGCUAACGAGCUUGACAAAACCCAAAGCAUUCGCUUAGCACAACUCUGAAACGAGCACGAAUGGAAUUCGCAGCUCCCCGACUAGCUGCGGCUAGACAAGAUUCGAAUACGAAAACCCAGACACAUUCGAUUUCGAUAAACGAACAUCUGGACGCCAAUGUAAGGAUCAUUUUUUCUAGGACAUUAUCAAAUUUCAAAAGUUAGUCAUGUCGCGAGGAGAAGAAACCCUAAAACCGCUGUGGAAUGUAUUUAAAUGUAUUACAAAUAUAAACAAAUACGCAAGGCCACGAAAAAUAAUAAGUAAAUUAUUAAAGUAAAAACUAUGAAAACACAAGCAGAGCAUGCAACAAAAAAAUAAUACACAACAGACAUAGCUACACUAUUAUUAAACAAAUAAAGAUGGCAACCAGCUGACUAACUACAAA